AUGGCCGCCACUCCAGUCUUCAACGAUCCAGAUGGCGUUUUGAGGUCAAUCUCAAAUGUACCACCGGCUCAUUAUACAAUCAAACUACAGUCGUUUUCUUUGUUAAUGAAGAAUUCAAUAGAUAGAUACGCGUCGAAUCAAUUUGAAGCUGGAGGCUACAAAUGGAACUUGGUUAUCUAUCCAAAUGGAAACAAAAGCAGGAAUAAUAUAUCUCUCUCUACUUGGCAAUGGCCGAAGCGGAUUCCCUCCAAACCGGUUGGGAAGUUUAUGCCGUUUUCAGAUGUUGAGGGAAAGGAAAGACGCUUUCACAGAAUGAAGCUUGAAUGGGGCUUUGAUCAAUUCAUCUCUCUUAAAGUUCUGAAUGACUCUGCUAAUGGGUUUCUUGUGGAUGACACUUGUGUUCUUGGAGCAGAAGUGUUUGUUUGCAAAGAAAGAAGCACUGGUAAAGGAGAAUGUCUACAGAUGAUAAAGGAUCCCAUCACAUACAAGCACACUUUUAGGGUGGACAACUAUUCCAAGUUAGGCGUAGUAUGCAGCGAAUCGGAAGAAUUCAACGCAGCAGAUCUGAAAUGGAAGAUAAGGCUGUAUCCUAAGGGAAAAGGAGAUGGAUUGGGUACUCAUCUAUCACUCUAUUUGGCUUUGGUUGAUUCAACCACCCUUCCUCCAGGCAGCAAAAUAUACGCCGAAUUCACAUUGCGCAUUCUAAAUCAAAUCAAUACCAACAAUUAUUAUGGUAAAGCCAGUCACUGGUUCAGUACCCGAAAUGAGGAAUAUGGCUGGUCAAGACAUAUCACAUCUGCCUACUUCAGGACCACCUCGGGUUACCUGGUUAAGGACACUUCCAUUUUCGAGGCUGAUGUCACUGUCCAUGGAGUUGUCAAACCGCUGUAA